UGUAACCCAACAGUCCAAAACGCAAGCAGAGCGACUCCUCUUCGCGUUCUCAAGUUACCGGAUAUUUGAACUACAUACAAAUUUGAAGAAUAUCUUUUGCUAGGAAAAGAGGCUCAGAUGGGACAAUGUAAGUCUCUUCUUUUCCUCUUGAUCUUCCUAACUCUUUCAAGGUCUGGUAUGUCAUGGUUUUGGUCCUCUUCUUCUGGCAACACUGGCAAUAAUCCACCGCAAAAUCUGCAAAUAUCUAGUGAUAUCGUUGCUGAGUUCUCCAUGGAUUCUCUCAAUGAUGAAAAAGGCACUGAACGUGUCAACAAUGCUAGAAGAAAACUGGUGGGCGUUAAUUCUUGUUGGCAUGAUGCUUAUAGAGGAAUAUUUGGAGCAUGCUCAGAGAUGGCCGCGGAUGACAAUGAUAAGAGGAAGAGAUUUGCUUGGGAUCUUAGCAAUUGCUUUCAAAAGGAUUCUGGAAGAAGCCCUUUUCCCAUGUGUCGCGUAGGCUCUCCUAUGAAAUCUUGCCUUGAAAAACUGGACAAUGAUGCUAUUCACACAUACCGCGGAUUCUAUUUAGAAACCAAUUCCAUUUGCCAUCAGUUGCAGUCUGGUAUUUUCAGGCAUCAGACGGAGAAAUUGGUGAAUGAUUUGAAAAAAUCAUCUGAUUAUGCAGAGAAAAAAUUAGUGAACAUAGCCGAAAAGGCAGAUAUGUUGUUAGAGGGCUCGAAAGAUAUACAUGAUUCUUUGACUUCAAUCGAUGAACAAACACAACAAGUGGCUCAGACUUCCAAGAAUGUGAGUGAUCACAUUGGUGAGAUAGUGAAGCAGUCAGAGGCGGUGUUUGAGCAGUCCAAGAAAAUUGAAGCCUCCCAAUUGGAAUUGCAGAUGGGGCAGCACAAAAUGAAGGAAAAGUUGGAAGCAGGGAUGGUAAUGGUUCAUGAAUCUUAUCACAUUUUAGGUAAAGGAAUACUCAGCUUGCAGGAUGAGACUAAUGAAAUAGAGAAGAAGAUAGGUGUAGUUGGAGAAGCUAUGUCUUCAAAGAUGAGCAAGUUGCAAAGCAAGGCGGACGAUAUUGGGAAUGUAGCUGAUAUUUCCUUGGAAAGGCAAAAGGAACUUCUACAUGGCCAAUCUGAAGCGCUUAACGGGCUUCAGUCACUGACUAAAUUCCAAUCCCAAGCUCUAAAAGAGAGCAAGGGAAUAUUGCAGCAGUUUGCUACAUUAGGCCGUGAAAAACAGGAAGAGCUUCUUCGAAGCCAAGAGAAGAUUCAACGAGCUCAUGACCAUCUAGUCAAAAAUUCAAAGACCAUAUUGAAAGCUCAGGAAACUUUUGAACAGAAGCAGGCAUCCAUGUUUGUUGCUUUGGAUAGGCUAUUCGCCUUGCACGAUGCACUGCUGGCGGAAUCGCGGUCAAUGAAAGCAGUAUUUUUCUAUUUCAUAUCAAUGCUUGCCAUUUAUAUGUUAACCAGCACAAAGCAAACUUACCCAGUGAGACACUGGCUUUAUUUGUUUCUAUGCCUUGCAUUCCUGCUCGAAUUUGCAGUCCUUCGAUUUGCAUCAAAUGGAGUAGAGCAACGGACUCGGUGGGAUAGUGGAGUUAGGAACGUUUAUGUGCUGUAUGCUGCCCUUCACUUAUUAUAUGCUUGUUGGAAAUACAAGGACUAUGAAAGGCUAAACUACGAUAUGCUACAAAACCUAACAGAGGAGGUUAUGAGCUUGCGAAAAAAUGCAGAUCAGUUUUCCUGGGAAUCAGAUGAUGAAUCUGACUGGUCUGCAUUCGUUGACAAAGACAUAUCAGACGGCAUUGAACACCUGACGGAUUCAAACCAUUUCAAAGAAGAAGUUGGAGAUAAUUUACAUGCAGUCUCUUCAUAUACUGGAAGGUAUAAUCUACGCAGUCGCAUUCGCAAUCGUAUCUGAUCUGAUGUUAAAAUUUGUUUACCAUUUUCUUGCUAAGAGGUUGAGAACAACAUUAUAAUGAUUUGCGAAUUUGGAUCAUGCAGGACUCACUACUGAUUGUCCUAAUAUUUUUGUAAUUGUAUAUGUAAAUCAUCAUUCAUUA